GGUGAUAACGCUAGAUGUCCGUCUUGAAGAAACUAGGUGAUUUGUAUGCCACCAAAACCAUUUUCCACUGUAAGAUCACCGAGUUGGGCAUCAGAAGUAUUCUCAGUGGAAGUAGAUGGAGUGUCCGCAUUUGGAAGAGAAUGUAAAAAUCAGCAGGCUUCCGAUGAGAACAGAGAAUACCCCGCCUCAGUUUUGCUGCUCAGUGUGUAAGACAAACAAAAACCCUUGGGUGUGUCUUGGCUGUGGUAUUGUGAAUUGUGGCAGAUAUGUGAACGCCCACGCCAAACAACACCAUGAAGAACAGCCCCAGCACGCAGUGUGCAUGGACUGUAACAGCUACGCCACCUUCUGCUACAACUGUGAUGAGUUUGUUACUAAUGAUACCCAAUCAGGGAAUGUGGAGAAAGUGCGGAAAUGUAUACAGACAGUAGUUAGUGCUCAGAAUCAUAUAAGAGAUAAAAACAGACGCAGGGGUUCUACAGAGUCUUCUGAAAACAACAUCCCAAGUAGGAAAAAAAUCAAAACUGAGGAUGGCAAAUCUCUUAAACCUAGGUCAUCUGGUCUUCGCAAUUUAGGAAAUACAUGCUUUAUGAAUGCAGUCCUUCAGUCAUUAAGUAACAUCCAGCAGUUUUGUGGAUACAUAAAACAACUCCCAUCGCUAGAAGAUAAGAUGUGCAAAGUUAAAAAAGUCAACCCUACCAGGAAGUUUAAGGACGGAGAUGCAAUACUGCUGGUUGAAGAACUAAGGAAGACACUUGUUGCUCUCUGGCAGGGCAGUAAAGCAGCCAUUUCACCAGAAUCUCUCUUCUCUGUUAUAUGGAAAGUUGUGCCUAGGUUUCGUGGUUAUCAACAGCAAGAUGCCCAUGAGUUUAUGCGCUACCUCCUUGACCGUUUGCAUACAGAGCUGUUGACUCUACUGCCAUAUCCCAAUAGUAACAGUCCCUACAUAGGCCCCAAAGGAAAGAGCACCAUAGUUACUGCCAUAUUUGGGGGCUUGUUGCAGAAUGAAGUCAACUGCCUUAUAUGUGGAAUGGAGUCUAAGAAACAUGACCCAUUUUUAGAUUUAUCUCUGGACAUUCCAGUCCAGUUUGCCUCAAAGUCACAAAAACCAAAGGAUGGAGAGCCGGUGUGCUCAGUAGCAGAUUGUUUAUCCAGUUUCACAGAUAUAGAGGAGUUGGAGGAAUCAGAACUCUAUAUGUGCAGUAACUGUAAAAAACGACAAAGAUCAACCAAAAAGUUCUGGAUACGUCGACUUCCAAAUGUGCUGUGUCUACACAUCAAGAGAUUCCGGUGGAAUACAUGCUUCAGGGUAAAGCUAGAGACCUUUGUGGAUUUCCCUCUACGCGGACUGGACAUGAGUCGAUAUGUUUUGAACAAUUUGCACGAGACACGGGGAAGUUACUCAGGGAGCAAUGAAUAUGACCUAGCAGCUGUUAUUGUACAUCACGGAUCCGGGGCUGGCUCAGGACAUUACACGGCAUAUGCUAUUCAUGAAGGGCGGUGGUACCACUUCAAUGACAGUACAGUGACUGCCUGUGAAGAAGAAACAGUGGCCAAAUGUAAAGCCUACAUUCUGUUCUAUGUGCGCCGAGAACUGAAGAUUCCAGAAUUUCUGAACGUGGACUCCACUGGACAGGACUUGUAAAACACAGCCUUGUGCUGACUACCUCUGCCUGUUUGUAGAAGAAUGAGACCCUGUGGGUGCAGACAGUGUUGUUAGAUGGAAGGCAUAAUAUGGCCUCCUUGGAUUGCUAGAAAACAGACACAUGUACAGAGCAACAAAGAUGAGGUUAUAACAUUAGGCAGACUGUGAGGGGUUUGGAAUGUGGUUGUACUUGUGCUAUGUACUUGUAUGAACCAUCUGCUAGUGUGCUUGGUGGAGCGCUUUGGUGAGAAUGGUGAGAGAAGUAUGUGAAAAAAUGCUUGGGCGAUCCUUGUUGUUUUGUGCAUGAGAAUCAUUGUUCACAAGCUUUUGUUACAUGUAUCUUGAGUAUUGAUGUUGGAAGGGGAAGAACACUACUUAGUAUAUCAGCUCUUUCACGGGGAUACUAUCAAUCUAAGACUUUUAAAGGAACGACUUUUGGUGACUCACUGAUUACAGUUACAGAGUAGAUCUCACUUGCAGAGUUUUUUAACUGGGUCAAAGAGAAUGUUUUUUGUCGAAGAAAAUUAAAUUUCUUAGUUUCAGCCAUUCAUCAAAACCCUUGAUCAAGAUUGUGAACUUUGAUUCUCUAAUGUAACACAUGUAUGUGCAUCCCAUUGUAGUGGACAUACAUGGAAUAGAAGUCAGGGAAGUCUUGGUGUAUCACCAUAAAUUGGCUUAGUUUGGAGUUGUUCAGUUCAAGGGAACAGUGUAUGACUUGCUGAAAAUGAGGUAAACAUGCCGAUGGUUAGCUGUACAAACUUCUCCGGGUAACAAAGAUCUGAUAUUUUGGUGUGGUUACUUAAGCCAAGAUUGAACUCCAUGCAAAAAGCUUGGUUCAACAUUUCUUUUGGUACAUGGUGUUGAAAAAUGAAAUGCAUACAUUUAGUGUGUAACCCCAAAAUUUAUUUUGACUAAACACUUGUACAGUGUACCUCAUUUUUAGGUUGGACUGCACUGGCCAUUAAGCAGGAAGAGGCAACAGUUGGAU